AUGAAGGCUGCUGCUGUUCUGGCUGUUGCUCUAUCCGGCGUCGCAUUUGCGGCACCAGAAAUCUACGCGACCGACAAGAGCGAGCCAUUCAAGGAUUUGUCCAACCUCAAAUACAACAACGGCCUGCCCAUCGCAGAUGCUGCUGCGGAUAUCGAGCGCCGAGAGGCUUCGAAGCCAGUCAAGGAUAACCGGAAUCUCCACUACAACACCAACAACAAGAUGCCAAUUGCCAUGGCCAGCCCAGAGCGCCGUGGAACCAUAAUGAACCGUCGCGAGGCUUCGAAGCCUAUCAAAGACAACCGCAACCUGCACUACAACGCCGCCAACAAGAUGCCCAUCGCCAUGGCUUCGCCUGAGCGCCGCGAAGUUCCGGUCGAGCGUCGCGAGGCUUCGAAGCCUAUCAAAGACAACCGCAACUUGCACUACAAUGCCAACAACAAGAUGCCUAUUGCGGAAAGUGACUGA